CCCUCCUUCCCUAAGAGGAUGUCCUCCUUCCAGCUCAACCUCAACCCGCUCAAGGAGCCGCUCGGCUUCAGCAAGGUCCUCGAGUGGAUUGCUUCUAUCUUUGCUUUUGCCACCUGUGGAGGUUUUAAGGGCAAAACAGAAAUUCAAGUGGCUUGUUAUCCUAAAGUUUCUGACAAUAAAACGAUUACAGCUACUUUUGGUUAUCCAUUCAGGUUGAAUGAAGCAUCAUUUCAGGCACCUCAAGGUGUAAAUAUGUGUGAUGUAGAUUGGAAAAAUCAUGUCCUUAUCGGAGAUUACUCUUCUUCUGCACAAUUCUAUGUUACUUUUGCAGUCUUUGUCUUCCUGUACUGCAUGCUGCUCUAUGUUGGUUACACGAACCUGUAUCGUGAUAGUCGAAAACUUCCCAUGGUUGACUUCGUUGUUACUCUUGUUGCCACUUUUUUGUGGUUGGUGAGCACUUCAGCCUGGGCUAAAGCUCUUACAGAUAUUAAAACAGCUACUGGUCGCAAUAUUGUCCAGGAACUUCUGCCUUGUAAUCAACAAGGAGUGAUAUGUCAUUUUGGCUCUGUGACUAGUAUGGGAUCCCUAAAUGCAUCUGUGAUCUUUGGCUUUCUGAAUAUGAUACUUUGGGGAGGAAAUGCAUGGUUUGUGUACAAGGAGACCAGCUUACGCAGUCCCUCAAAUACUUCUACUUCCCAUAGCCAAGGAGGUAUUCCUCCUCCAACUGGAAUAUAA